AGGGGAGCCAAUCGCGGCCGCGCUUGUGCCGCUCGGCCGCUCGGCGGCGGCGGCGGCGGAGACGGGGCGGGCGGCGGGCGGGUGCUGCGGUUGCCAGGCGGGUUGCUAGGUCCCACCUACCGCGGCCGCCAGGGUGGGUAGGUCUGUCUGGCUGCGGCGCGGCGCUGUCUGCGCGGCGGCGGCCGUUGGCGGAGGGGCCGCGUCCGGCCGGGGCGCGCGGAGCGCGGCGCGGGCGGCGCCCAGGAGCGGCGGGAGCCCCGCGGCGGGAGCCCCGCGGCGGCGCAGCGCCCGCCUGCCGCGGCGCGGGCAGGCCGCGCGGCCGGAGCGGGACAAGUUUAUUGAAGACAACAAUGGAACGAUUUGGAGUAAAGUCAGCCCCUUCACGUAACCGCUCGAAGACUGCUUUAUAUGUAACGCCUCAGGAUCGUGUAACAGAGUUUGGCAGCGAACUGCACGAAGAUGGAGGAAAAUUGUUCUGUACUUCCUGCAACGUGGUUCUGAAUCAUGUCCGCAAGUCUGCAAUCAACGACCACCUCAAGUCUAAAACACAUACAAAGCGAAAGGCAGAGUUUGAAGAACAGAACGUCAGGAAGAAGCAAAGGACUCUGACUGCCUCCCUUCAGUGCAACAGCACUGCUCAGACAGAGAAAACCAGCGUCAUCCAGGACUUUGUGAAAAUGUGCCUGGAAGCAAAUAUUCCGCUUGAGAAGGCCGAUCAUCCAUCAGUGCGAGCCUUCCUGUCCCGCUAUGUCAAGAAUGGGAGUUCCAUACCUAAGUCAGACCAGCUAAGGAAAGCAUACCUGCCUGACGGGUAUGACAAUGAGAACCAACUCAUCAAUACCGAAGACCGUUGAGGAGAAAACUGUUUUCCAUCAUCGUUGUGAAGUUUUACAUAUUGAUGGUGUCGUUUAUUUUUAUAUUCAUGCAUAUAUACAGUGUUACAUAUUGGUUUUACAAGCUAUUUUGUAUUAUUGUAGAAAUGACAAUCUGUUUGUGAACUUAGUGGUAUGCCACAGACUGUUGCUAACCCUACUGCAGACUUCAGAGCUACAUUGAUGUAGAACUCACAAUGAAAGUAGGGAACAUACCUGGCAUACACCCUAUCUGUGUUCAGUCCAGCUGUAACUGACGCUAAGAAAAAGGCACUUGAAUGGAGGACCUCACUUGCCUAAAUUGUGCAUCCACAUAUACAAGGAGGAUGAUGUGAUGGGAAUGGUUUAUCAUAUCAGUGGAUGGCUUUGUCCAGUAUCCUGUCCAUGACUGACCAAGAAGAAGUACUGCACAUUUGAAGUGCGAGAAGCUGUAGAAUGGUUAGUUAAAAUAUAAAUGAUAUUUUGGGGGAGGAUUACUGAUAAUUCCUGUUGAAGUUUGGUUUAUGUUCUAAAACAGAAAACAUUUUUCUUCUCUUACCAUAUCUGAUGCAACUGUGGAUAUAUUCAUUAUCUAGCUUAACAGCCAGUCUCUUGUAUGGAGCUCUGGAUUUCACUACUCUCAUAAAGCAAGGAGUUCUGCAGGUUCACCAUGCACGCUUCUUAAAUCACCAUUUCCUUUUCUCAGUUUGACUUGCGCCGUUCUGUUUCAGUGCCAAUCUUGGAAUAUUAAAUCGACAAAUAAGUGUGUGCAGUUUGCAAUGCAGCUGCUGGCCAAUGAAAAUUACAUUGGACCAAGAUCUUAGUAGAGAGGAUUAAUGCCUUUUUCUUUUCCUUACCAGGACAAAGGAUGCUGAAUCUAAAUUGGGGGUAGGGGAGGCACGAAGUAGUGGAGUUGAGCAGGCCUGUUCAGUGCACAGAAAAGUGGCUUCUCCAUCUCUCCCUGAAGGUUCUUUACUUUUCUGACCUCAUCCUCACUCCUUUAGUCAAAGGAGGUAAAGUGAUUAAAAUAGUUUUCAAGAUAGUUACUGCAAAGGCUAUUCAAUAUCUGUAAGCGUGACUAGGAAAGCGUACAUACUUCAAAGCUACACUGGAAGUACAGACUGGGCUAUAUUUCUUUUUCUGUGCCAAGACCACAUCUACUGUACGGGCAAAAAGUAGAAUCAUAAACUGAAGAAUUUUAAUAAUGUUCCCUCUCCCAAUCUAGUAAACUACUACUGAACUAUUCCAAGUUAUUAUGCCAAAUAGUCCACUCAACUUCAGUGGUCUAUAAAGUUUUUGAAUGGAAGCAGGGAGCAUUGUGCAAGGUGCUGGAACAUGACCAACUUCUGCCUACCUUCUUCUCUGGAUUCCCUUUAGAAGCUCUAAAUUCAAGGAGAUGCAAAGCAUCUCCCAGUAACAGAAAUCCUCCACUCAGUGGACAUAUUGGUGUAAGCAUGCUUUAACUCCCUCAAGUGGAGGUGGUGGUUCUGUUCAGCUUCCUUUCCCCUCACAAAGUUUCACAAUAUUUUACUCCUUUUAUUCAGGAUAUUGACAGCAAUAUUAAUUAAUUGCUAGGAGACACAAAAUAACCUGUUUAUUUUGUUUCUGUAGCUAUUCCUAGAGCAGAGCCUCUCUUGCUGAAUUAAAACAGACUUACAUAUGUAGUAACAACUGUUUUUUGUGCAAUUAGCUUCUAAAGAAAUGCACUUGUUUUACAAUAUAACCAUUUCUUGUAGCCUUCUGCUAGAAGAGAUGUUUGUAUAACUGGAAAAAACAAAAGCAGAAGGCUGCCUAUUCAUGAGUACCAGCACAUAGGUACUCAGCACACUGCUGCACCUUUGAUCCCUUUUGAAACUAGUGGGACUCCAUGCAGUCAUAGCAAUCGUGUCAAUGAUACUGGUUUCUGGUUUAAAACUUAGGCCAGAAAUAACAGAAGCAUUUUUUUCCUCUAAUCCUAGAUAUCAAAAUAUGCCUUCCCAAAUAUCAUUUGCUAUUGCAGAAACUUGGUUUUAGCUUAAGAUCAUGAACUGCCUUGGGCUAGUACUGUUUCAUAAAUCCUCUUAAGCCUAGUGAAAGGUACACUGCCAAUAGCCUUUUCUGUCCCAAGAAUAAUUGAAAGUCUUCUUUUUACAGUGGCUGUUUCAGUGCAGGGAAACAAUAUCCUUGCUUAAUUUUUUUUAAGCUUAUAAAUGCUAUCUUAGAAUUGAAGCAAAUAGAAAACAAUGGAGUAUUGAGAAAACAAGCUUCCAUUAAAACAAAAGCAUUUAGAGAAGAAUGGUAUGGUGAAAAGGUAUGAAUCUGAGCUAUUUAGCUCAAUCCUUGCUAACUGGCAGCUUCACAGGCUAUAUCACGUGUAACCAUUUUAUAUAGGAUUUAGAAUGUAGUAAGUUUUCUGCUAGGCUGGCAGACUGACAGACAUUUUGAAAAGCUUAAUGGUAACAUUAAAUAUGCUCUUGCUCAACUGAGAAAGACCUCAAAUCAUUUGCAAGGUUUUAUUUGAAAUUAAAAGUUAGCAAUAUCAGCACCUUUUGCUAAAAAAAAGAAAUUCAGUUAUCUUCAAUAGGGCAAAACAACAAAGAACACUUAGUUUCUCAAAAGCUUGCUGUCUCCUUGUAAAGCAGUGUCUGUAUAUAGAAGCUCAAUUUACAUAAUUAAUACCAUUUAUUUUUAAUGCAGAGGAUAUCAGCCUCAAGAGAAACCUUAUCAGGGUAGCCAUAGGCUACCAACUUUUAGCAAUUUGGAAAUAAAAGUUGAGCAUCGAGAUUUUGAAUGGAACUCACUUAAUUUGAACUUAACUCAGAUGCACAGCAGCUUGUAGGACAAUGGCGGCUUAACAAUAAGGUACUUUUGUUAGGGAAAAAAAAAAAAAAACAUUUCCAAAGGUUUAUGAAAGUCAACAUACUGAACCAUUACAGCGAAUACCCACAGUGGAAGGAAACAAUGAAAAAUAAAGCACUUCUAGGUAAUCUAGAAAGAACAAUGAACAAGAAAGUUUGUAUUUACAGACAUAACCCAAACCAUCAACAAGACAGUUAACACUUAUUUUCUUUUAAAGUAGAAGUGGUUCCACUCAGUCUUGGAACUGAAUCCUGCAAACGCUCAGGUUCAGACCAUUAUUUUGCCAUUGUAUCUGUAGUUGGACAAAGCAUAACCUUAGUUUAAUCACUAUUGAUUUUAGGGAAGAUUUACAACAGAAGUUACUUUAUGGUAUGUCAAAGCCUAAGAAAUAACAAAUUCCUAGAACAGAGGCUGUGGUUAAGUUUAACAGUCUCUAUGGGGUUUUCCUUUUUCUGCAAGAACACUGCGUUAUUUUUCCAUGUAUUUCCUGUAAAGAAUAUUCUCAAAAAUGAAGGGAGGAUGGUAGGAACUUCUGCUUUUCAUUUUACAUACUUACAUAGGGGCUGGCUAUAAGGGAUACUUUUCUGCCAGGUGGUUUUAUUAAUAUAUUUGAAAUUCUAAAUGUAAUUACAUUUUUUUUUUUCCUACUCUGACCAUGUACUUAUAUUAGUUUAGCCAAGGACAGCUAAAGUGACUUUGAAGUGCUUUUCUUAGAACAACACUUUCAAAGAGUAAAAUACGAGACAAAAACAACAAUCUCUGUUUUGUGACUACUUACAUGUAUGCACCAUGUUAGUUUCAGUUUGCAUGUUCCUGGAAAACCAUGAGUGAGUUCUAAUAUUUUAAGCAUUUUGAAGCCUGUAAUUUGGCUGGUCUUUAGAGGAGGUGAAACAUUUGACAUGAUGAAAGGGCAAGCUGUUUUUCAAUUGAGAGAGAAACUUGAUUCUGCAAAGUAUGGGAUAUUCUCAUGAUAGAAGGACUGUUUUUAGUCUGAGCCCCUUUUAACAAUUCUGUUGAACUGAACAGUGAAAUACUCCCUGCUAGGUUUUGUAGCAUAAUGAGCAGGUUUUCAGGAGAAAAAGUGGAAGAGCUGGAAGUUUGGCAAGGAUGAUCUCUAUUUAUAUUUAUAUAUAACAGGAGGCAAAACUCACUGUUGCUGUGUUCCCAUUGUACUCACUGCUAACUCUUUGUGUAAUUUGAGUGCUUGUUGUCUUUGUACAAUUUUAAGGUUGUGUCUAACUUUCAAAAUAAAUUUUUUUUUUAACAAAGCUUCUCAUUGUAAUAAUGCUAUUAGAGUUUAGUCUGUUUUGGGUUAGUGAACAUGCUUUCCUUUAUUUUUGUUUUGGAAAUAAGGAUGUUUUGCUAAUAGUAAGUGGCACACAGGAGUGGUUUUAUUGAAAGUAGUAAUGAACUUACGAUUAGAUACUGGCGUGAGGCUGAAACUAUCUGAGUUCAGUUUCCUGCAGUGCCACAGGACUUCCUGUUAGAACAGUAAGACCAGAAUAAGUGAUUUAAGUUUUUAUAUUAAAAUAUUAUUGGAAGAGAGAUGCUUUACUUUGUAAAGUUUUCAUUUGGUAAUGGAAAAAAUAGUCCUUUUUUAAAAUAAAGGAAUACCUUUUUCAUAGAA